CUCGCCCCGCCCCUCGCCAGUCCCUCCUGCCCCCGUGUUCCCCGUCAGGUUCAAAAGUCCCCUCCCGCCUAACGUUUACCGCCCAGCCUGCUGCCCUUCUUCCCUGCGGAAGGAGGGCCUUCCUGGGCGGUCGGGGGGGCGGGAGGGAGGUUACCUUUCCCUGUCUCUCUGGCCGCCCGAGCUUGGAGGAAGCAGCAGCGCGGUCUGCUGGCGGCAUGGCGGGAGCUCCGGAUGUGCGCCGGCCAGGCUCCGCGGCAGGGGAGCAGCUGCAGCAGCAACACGUCUCUUGCCAGGUCUUCCCUACGCGUCUGGCCCAGGGGAAUCCCCAGCAAGGGUUCCUUUCCAGCUUCUUCACCAGCAACGAGAAGUGCCAGCUUAGGCUCCUGAGGACGCUGGAAACAAAUCCAUAUGUCAAACUUCUGCUUGAUGCUAUGAAACACUCAGGUUGUGCUGUUAACAAAGAUAGACACUUUUCUUGCGAAGACUGUAAUGGGAAUGUCAGUGGAGGUUUUGAUGCUUCAACGUCUCAGAUAGUUUUGUGCCAGAAUAAUAUCCGUAAUCAGGCCCAUAUGAACAGAGUGGUCACCCACGAGCUCAUUCAUGCAUUUGAUCAUUGUCGUGCCCAUGUCGAUUGGUUCACCAACCUCAGACACUUGGCGUGCUCAGAGGUUCGAGCUGCUAACCUUAGUGGAGACUGCUCACUUGUAAAUGAAAUAUUCAGGUUCCAUUUUGGAUUAAAACAACACCACCAGACUUGUGUACGAGACAGAGCUACUCUUUCUAUCCUGGCUGUUAGGAAUAUCAGCAAAGAAGUAGCUAAAAAUGCUGUUGAUGAAGUUUUUGAAUCUUGUUUCAAUGACUAUGAACCUUUUGGAAGGAUCCCACAUAACAAGACUUAUGCAAGAUACGCUCAUAGAGACUUUCAAAACCGUGAUCGGUAUUAUUCAAAUAUAUGAGCACAAUGACAUUUUAUAAAUACAGAACUUCCAUCAUCAUGAAGAAAAAAAAAUUUGGUUCUCAAGUGAACAAACAUAAAAUGUAAACAAUCUAUUCAAUCCAGAUAAAACAGAGAAGACUGUGAUUCUAGCAUACCAUCAGAAAAAGCAACUAUGGCAAAAAGUGAAAUUGCUUUAAACUCCAAGGCAAACAUUUUGUCUUUAUAGCUAACCAUUUAGUAAAUACAUAAAUUACAUUUUUGUAUUUUAGUGAUUUGUUUUUAUUACAUGUGAUUAUUUUAAAAUUUGAUUAUGAAACCUGGGAAGUGUGCUCUUCCAUGAUGUUGAUAGGUGACCACUAUUGGUGUUUAUGUUAAAUGUAAAGAAAUGUACACUGAUCUCAUUGUAGGACAGUUGUUGUUAUAAUGAAAGUUGGAAAUAAUUCA